AUGGCGGGAGAGCCCAUGGCGGGCGCUUCGGCUGAGCAGACCGUGUCGGUUGAAGCGGCCUUGAAGCUGGCAGAAGGAGCAGGGAACGAGGAGAAGGUGCUGGGGGCGACCUUGGUGCUACGUCAUCACAGUCAGCUGCUCCUAGCCCCGUCUGGCCCUGCCGCGCGCGCGGCGCGUGAGCGCCUUCGUGCCGCGCUUUGUCCUUGGGGCGAGGCAGGUCCUUCCGCCAGCUUCUUGUGCAGGCUCCUUCAGUCCUCCCUGCCUUUGCAGCGCUUGGCCUUAGGACUUCUGACGGUGCUCCUGACCGGAGAGGACUCCGAGCUUCAGGAGGCGCGGAAGUGCUUGGCGGCCACGUCGCCCUUUCUGCUGCGAGUUUGGGGGCCCUGCCAGAGUGUGGCUGAAAACGCCGCUGAGGUUCCGAAGAGCUUUGCCAAACUUUGGCGAUUCUCAAGAGGCUUUUGGACUUGUCCCGCCGGCAGGAUCUUUGCGCCGAGCUGGUGCAGGACUGUCAUCAAGUCUUGUCUUUGCUGCAGCCAUCGCAACAACUGCAGAAGUGUCUCUCCAGGGAGGAUGUUGCCACAGCAGCCUUGGCGUUGA